GCCAGCCUCCCUGGUGAGAAGAUCUUCUCUUCAUUGCCGUCGUCCGCCGGAGCGCCGCCGCAAACGACCCGUACGGCCGCACCUCGCAUCCCUCUCCUGCCUCCGGCGACCUCGCUGUCGCGUCUCGCGUGCAGCGGUCGCACUGCGGCUUGCCCAGAGCAAGGGAGCGCCGGAGCGGUUACCCCCGCACGACCUAGGGAAUAUCGCACGUCGCCGGCUGGUUCGUCGGCUGUACUCACGAUGCAGGUGGAGCUCGCUGACCGCGCCGCAGCCCAGCCCAGCGAGGCGGACGAGACCCUGCCGUCAUCCCCAGCCGGCACUGCAUCAGCCGAGGAGGACGCGCCGCUCUUGCCAGGCGGGGGUGUGCGGCGUCGGGCGGUCGUGAGCGAGAGGUUCCGGCAGCGCAGCGGAUCCUUCCGGCGGGAGGUUCGCCGCGCGGCCGAGGAGACCUUUCUCCUCACACGGCUCACGCUCAUCCUCCUCCGAUACCUUGGGAUAGGCUACAGAUGGAUUAGGCAGUUCCUAGCCCUCUGCUGUUACACCUUCUUGCUCAUGCCAGGUUUUAUUCAAGUUGUAUAUUAUUAUUUCUUCUCGAGCCAAGUUUAUAGAAGUGUUGUAUAUGGAGAACAACCAAGAAACAGGCUAGAUUUAUACAUACCUACUGAUAAAACAGGGUUGAAGCCAGUUGUAGCAUUUGUGACUGGUGGAGCAUGGAUCAUAGGGUACAAAGGGUGGGGUGCCCUUUUAGGCAGGCGCUUGGCAGAGAGGGGCAUCUUAGUUGCAUGCAUUGAUUACAGAAACUUUCCUCAAGGGACUAUUGGUGACAUGGUAGAAGAUGCAUCUCAAGGGAUCGCCUUUGUCUGCAAUAAUAUAGCUAGUUAUGGAGGUGAUCCUGAAAGGAUUUAUCUUGUUGGACAAUCUGCCGGUGCUCAUAUCGCUGCAUGUACUCUGUUGCACCAAGCUAUUAAAGAAUCUGGUGAAGGAGAUGCUUCCACUUGGAGCAUUGCACAGCUAAAAGCUUUCUUUGGUAUUUCUGGCGGCUAUAAUCUUCUUAACUUGGUAGAUCAUUUCCAUAAACGUGGCCUAUACCGAUCGAUCUUUCUCAGCAUAAUGGAAGGUGAGGAGUCUUUGAGGAAAUUUUCUCCACUGGUGAUGGUCAAGGACUCAACUGCAAGGUCUGCCGUAUCUCUAUUGCCUCGCAUCUUCCUUUUCCAUGGAACGAGUGACUAUUCAAUACCAUCGGCUGAGAGCGAAGCUUUGUUUGAUGCUUUACAACAGAAUGGCGCUAAAGCAGAUCUGUUCUUGUAUGAUGGAAAGACCCAUACUGACUUGUUCCUUCAGGAUCCUCUCCGCGGUGGUAGGGAUAAACUGCUCGAAGAGAUUGUUACUGUUAUACACAAUGACAAUCCGGAUACAUCCGCCCAGCAUCAGCAUCUUGUUGUACCUGUCGCACGCCGACUUGUUCCUGAAUUCAUGCUUAUGCUUGCUGGAAGAGUUAGUCCUUUCUGAUGAUGUUGGCGAUUAGUGACGGCAGUUAUGUAUAUUCAAUCCAAGGAUGGAGCCCCCAUAAAUUUAUGGAGGUCAAUGAAAUCUGCUGCUCCCGAAUUAGUUAGCAGCUAGCCAACCUUAGUGUACUGACCUAAGACGCAAAAUGUACCCUUCGUUGAGUAGCUCCGCAUCAGUGUACUGAUCACAAUGCGUAUAUUGUUCUCCUGUAUUAAUUAGUAGUGUACAUGUCCUGCCUGGGACGUCUGCCAUUGCUGUAUUGUAUCCAGAUGUGGCUCAUUAUGCUUUAUUGAUAACUUCAUACGAGCAAUAUUAGCACAAUUCAUUGUUGUAUAUUAAUCAAGAAACUUUGCCCCCAUAAAGCCA